AUGAUUAUUUGCACUUCAACAGAACACUGUUUGUUUACAUGGAAAAACCAAGGAUCCCGCAGCGUACUGUGGCCAUGCAUCACAUCAGACGACUGCAGUAAAGUGUCCCAGGCGCGGUGUUCGAUUUACGGUUUUUGUCAGUGUCCAGCAGGUCAUGUGUUUUCCACCGACGUUACGCGUUGUUUGCCCGAGUCGCUGUAUGGGGUAGCGUGUGAGGAAGCGGUGCAGUGCUCUCAUAUGCUUACCGGUGCCAAGUGCGAGGGCGGCUUCUGUACCUGUGACACCGAUUAUACCUACGUUCGCGGACGAUGUCGUCAGCUGGCAAACCUGCACGAACCCUGCAGUGAUGAUAUUGACUGUUUCUUCAGCUACAACCGUGAGGCAGUUGUUUGCCGGAAUAAUGCUUGCGAGUGCGCACCAGGUUUCUACGAGCGAAGUACGAAUGUAUGCCGGCGCCGAGUAUCGCUUGGUGACGCUUGUCUGGUGAAUGAAGACUGCAGUGGAAAUGAUCUGGAGUGCCAGGACGAUAAAUGCACAACCACAACGGAAGCAAAAACAUUUCGGGAUGUCGGCGUUCAGGCUAGAUCACUGGAAAAAGUGGAAGCGGAAGCUGCAUCUUGGACUAGUCAACAACAGCAAACUAGCAAUAGCCAGCACAGUAGCUGCAAAGAUGAAGUUGAGGUUCGUGGAGACAGCAGUUCCAGUGGAGCUACCGCCAAAAGAUGUGAUACUACCGCUGCAUUCGGUGAUUCCUGUGCGGAAGAAAUGCAGGAGUGUCCUGGUUUGCCAUACACGGUGUGCAAAGUUGGACAAUGUCACUGCCGGGAAGGUUUCUACAAUGUUAAUGGCGCUUGCAAAGCAGAACUCGGAGAGUAUGUUGAGGUCGCGGAAGAUUGUGGUGGGGGAACUAUGUCUCCAGAAAAAAGAUGCGUAUGCUUGAACAAUCAAUUCUACAAUUAUCACAUGAGGACAUGUUUGAAAGGUGUUCUCGGUAUCAACACACCCUGCACGGCUAGCAGUCAAUGUUCACCGUAUGGAGAAGCUUAUUGUAGUUCCCUGACGCCAAAACGUUGUACCUGUUAUCCCUAUGCCGUGUACGAUGCACAACGACAGAUGUGUGUACGUAAGACCGGUUACGAGCAAUACUGCGAGGAAGACGAGCAUUGUCCAUUAGCAAAUGCUCGCUGUAGUGAUGAAAAUACGUGUGUCUGCAAGGCCAACUAUUUCUACAUCAAUGAACGCUGCAAAGCAGCGAAAGGUGGCAGCUGUGAUUCACCGGAUGACUGUGGAUUCGACAAGGCAAAGUGUGAACAGGAAGGAGAAAUUCAAUCGAAGCAGUGUGACUGUAUCAAAGGUCACCUCUAUCAUAAUCGCGAAUGUCUGAAGGAAGCGGAGCACUACGAAGAGGAGUGCAUUGCUAACGAACAGUGCCAGCCGCUGUUGGGAUCUCUUGCCAAAUGUAUGGACAACAAGUGCAAAUGCGAUGAGAGCGGGACGCACUACAAGGAUGGCCAGUGUCAGGUCAAGAAAAGUUUGAACGAGCGGUGCGACCGAUCCAGUCAGUGCUAUGUUGAGGAAGGUGAUGAGAACGUGGAAUGUCGUAACACGUCCUGUCAGUGUAAAUUUGACUACACUACAGAUGUGGAGCGACAACGCUGUGUGAAAGCAAGCCGAGGGAAAAAUGCUUCGAAACGCCCGAGUCCAUUGAAGGUUAUCACGCUCUUACUGACGAGUGCGGCGAUUUUAAUUACAGGAUCAGCCCUGCGAGAUGCCUAUUACAUGUAGAUUUCAGUGCAAAACGAUUUCGAUCAGUUGCCUUGAAUUAGCAAUAACGAUAUUGAGAUUGGGGAAACGGUUAGACUGCGAGAAUACGAGCUAAACAUAACUUACGAAGUGACUAAAAGCAAUUGAGUGCAUAGCCCAACGCAACGAAUGCAUUCGCUAAGCUUUAAUGAUAGUAGUGACACGAGCUAACUAAGUUACACUACCCCCGUGCGGUAAGCACGACCAUUAACUAAGUUUUCUAACUACACUUGUAGAUAUACUGCGCAAUAUCAGUAGGACACAGUCGACGCUAAUUGUUACGAUAUUCAACAAAGAGACUACAUAUCUGACACACAACAUAAUGUUACAAGC